UUAACCAAAUCGAUUGGGUUAAAGCAAAGUUAACAAAUGUCAAUAUAUUGCAAUCACGAUAAUCACGGUAUAAGAUACAUUAUAAGCCAACUAUUAAACUGACAAAUAGUCGUUUAUGAUGCAAACAAUGUUUAUAAUUUCAUAAUUAUUUGAUUAAUGAAGCAAACAUUUGCCCUUCAAUGUGACAUCGACUAACUGACUUUGACUCGACUGGGUCGACUUGCUCUUGUGAGUUACCGACUGACUAGUCUUAAGUCGACUCAUAAUGAGUCUCAUUUUGACUGUUUUCAGUCUUUAGUUUGUACAAAAAUUCAAAAAAACAAAACCAACUUGGUUUGAUAAUGGUUUGAUGUUAAACAAAAAUGUCUCUCGUGUAUAUGAAAAGUCAAUUUAGAUUAAAUGAAGGUUUAGUUGAAUGUUCAUUUUAAAUCAAUAGAACAAUUUUGUUCAGUUUGUAAAGUUGAUUCACUUGACUUGAAUGCGAACAAUAAUGAAGAUGAAAAAGAUUGUUGUUAAAGAAGUGAAAGGUUAUCCUGGUUUUCGUCGUUACCUAAACAAUCAGCUAGUCGAUCUCAACUAUUUAACCAAUGAACCAGCAGAAUCACGUCAAUGGGUUUUCGUGUUAAUUUUCACAACGUUAUUGUUGAACUGUGUCAAGAUGGUGAUUCAAUUUUGCCAAACAAGUGUAAACGAUUUAACUUAUUUCAUUGGCGAUAUAACCAUACCAGUAGGAUCGACAAAAAGACAGUUAGCUUUAAUCUACUCUUCUUGGCUUAUCGGAACUUCGUUCUGUGCUUUCACCCUUUACCGUUCACAGUUUAAUCCAUAUUUACAAAAAUGGGUUUCCAUUGGAACCAUUUUUGACCAUCUUGGUUCAUCAAAAGUUCACCCUCACACACAGUUGCCCACAGUUUUACAUCGAUACUUUAUCCACCUCAAUAGAGUGGCCUUUUACACGGGAGGAAUUGGAGCACUUUUCCUUUGUUUACCUUCCUACUUCAUCUAUCCACAACAGUUUAUCGUCUAUCUAACAGUCUGGUUGAUUAUUACGAUUCUUGCCGGGUUUGUUGUUCUUGGUAGUGCGGGUAAUUUCGGUCCACUUUAUGCUUUCUACCUCUUCUUGUUUGGCAGUGAAAUGGUUCUCGAAAGAAGCAAACUGUCCAAACGAAUUGACAGGUCACAUGUUGAUUCAAAAGAAAGACUGACAAAAAUUGUGGCUUCAUCGUAUUCAUCAAGUACCAUUACAUUGAAGUCAAUGAUUGCUGGCUAUCGUUUUUGGGUCCUUUUCAACCAAAGUAUUUUCCUAGCAACUUACAGUGCUCAGUACAUUUUGAUUUACCUCAUUUGCUUCAUUGAUAUCCACAAGUUUUUGAGACUCGCUUUGAUUGCCUUUGGUGCCAUCAACUUGUGCAGUGGGCUGUCGAUUCACUUUUUCCCUUGGCACAUAUGCUCAGCGAAAGAUUGAACAGUAUUGCAAAAAGUUGCGAAAAACACUGUACAUGGACAUUUCGCUUAAUGUCAAGUUGAAAGUAAUCAUUUUCUUAGAACAUGUUGAGAAGCGUUAUUUUUUCACCAUAUUUGGGGCCUUAAAUUAUUCACACUAUCACUUCAUCAUGGUGAUGCUUGAAAAUGGCACUAGUCUAUUGUUACUCAUUGCAUCUAUGCGUCGUUAGACAACACGCAUUGUAUUACUU